GUUUAGACGCAGACGUACACUAUUUUCGAUAGCAAAAAAAAUUGUAGUAUAUUCUCAAAGCAUAAAAAAUUUAUUUUGUACCUAUGCCAAACGCGCUUAUCCAGCGGCUUGUAACUUAAACAAAGCAGCCCACAACACACACACACACACACACAUAAACUGCGAAACAGAAUACAGACCAUUUAUUGAAAUUACACAGCAACAACGCAACGCAACGCGAUAAAAAGUGCAAGAAAAAUAUGAGUACGUCAAAUGCAAGCCGUAAGGAAACGGAACGUACGAAAUUGAUGCAGGAAAAAUGUCAAACACUUUUAACGCAAAUGCUACGUGAUGACGACAAUAAAUAUUGUGUCGAUUGUGAUGCCAAGGGUCCACGCUGGGCGUCAUGGAAUCUGGGCGUCUUCCUGUGCAUUCGCUGCGCGGGUAUUCAUCGCAAUCUGGGCGUGCACAUAUCCCGGGUGAAGAGCGUCAAUCUGGACGCUUGGACCCCCGAACAGGUCAUCUCACUGCAACAGAUGGGUAAUUCUCGCGCUCGUGCCGUCUACGAGGCGCAGCUACCGGAUGGUUUCCGACGCCCUCAAACUGAUACGGCACUGGAGAAUUUUAUUCGAGCGAAAUACGAGCAUAAAAAGUAUUUGGCCAGGGAAUGGGUGCCGCCAUCGCCACCGAAAGUCGACUGGGCCAAGGAGAUCGAUGAAGAACUGGAACGGCAGAAGCGUAAAAAGAAAACAGCUCAAGGCGGGAGUUUGGGCGGUAUCAGCAGCAUCUCCAGCGAAAAGCGUUCCUCAUCCUCCUCAACGACGACGACGACAGCUGGAGGAGCAGCGAAAAGUGGUCCACUGCCAGCGCCGCUGCCCAAGCCAAAGCCGAAUCAGGUCGGUGGCUGCAGUCCAAAGACUUCGCAUCGUGUGCAAAUAAAUAGCGCCAACAAUAGCAUCAAUGUCAGCGUGGAGAGUGAUCUGCUGGGUCUCUCAUCUCCCACCAAGCCAAUUGUUGCUGGUCAGGAUUUGCAGAACGAUAGCUUUACCAGUUUUCUGAGUGCCAACAGCAAUCCGAGUCCCGAGAAGAAGACGAAUGGAGAUGUAGCUGCUGCAGCUGCUGCUUCGCUUUCAUUGCCAAGCAGUCAGCCGCAUUCAUUGGCCCAGCAGGAGCAGGACUUCUUUAGCCAGGGCACACUAAUCGGCACUGGGCACGACAAGGAUCAGUCGGGCAAAAUGUCCAAGGACAGCAUAUUGGCUUUGUAUGGCAAUGCGCCCAGCAAUCCACACAACAAUCCACAACAACAACAACAACAGCAACAGUUGAGCUUUGGCGGCUUUACGGGCAUGGCACCCGGUGGCUAUAUGCAUCAUCAUCAACAUCAUCCACAGCAGCACCAUCACCAGCAGCUGCCCCAACAGACGCACCAUCAUCAGUUCAUGACGCCACCGAAUUCAGUGAGCAUGUAUAAUGCCCCAGUGAUGGCAGCCCCUAAUGCUUUCAGCAAUGCUCCAACUGGUUCCAUGAAUCUUGGAUUUGGUGGUGCACAGUUUCCCAAUGUCAGCGGUGCUGCUAGCAGCCCGUAUUUGGUUGGACAAGCAGCAGCCACAAAUUUGAUGCAAGCACAGAAUCAAAGUAUGCUGAGUGGCAUGCAACUGUUCGGUGGCAACAACACAGCUGUGGCAGCACCACAAACAACUCCACAGCAGCAGCAGCUGGGACUCGGCAUGAAUCUGAUGCAACCGUUGCCAAGCGUUGGUUAUCCAGCGGCAACGGGAACCUCCUCAGCAGCCUCCUCAUCGGUCACCUCAAAUUUAAAUCAGCAAUUUGGCAAUUUAAAUAUUGGCAAUGUUUGGCAAUAGAUGGCAUUAAUGGGAUAACCGUUCAUCGGAUGCAUUCCUUUAUUUAUAUUUGUUAAUCUAUACUUGCCGAUAUGCAGAGAGAGACAAAGAGAGAGAGAGUUGUAUUAAUUAGUUCAAUUAUGUAUUCCUAAUCCAAAUCCAAAUUGUAUAAAAAACAUAAUUGUCAAACUGAUUUGCAAGAUUUACAUCAAGUGUGCAUAAAUACAUACAUAGAUCAAUAAUACAUAAUUAAAACUAUAUAAUAUAUAUAUAUAUAUAUACAUAUAUAUAUAUAUAUAAGUUUAUAUAUAUAUAUAUAUAUAUAUGUUUAUGUACUUAUCAUAUAUUCAUCCAGCCAUAUAUGUACUACGCUCUAUCAAUAUCUAUAUAUGUAUACUGGGCGAAUAUAUAAGUGAGAGAUUGAUUAUUUGGCAAGCGUACUUUUGUAAGUUAUA